UUUCAUACCACACGCUUCUAUGGAAACCAAAGUGUUUACGGAAAAUGCAAAACUGGAAAUUUCUCUCGGGCUAACAGAUGUCGUAUAGAGCAAAUUAACAGCUACGAGAACAGUCGUCAUUCAAAAUGCCUACCUCAUCGGAGGCUUUUAAAUCUAAUGGGGCGGAUGCUCUGAAGAGGUACAAAGCUUUACCUCCUAUCCCAAGCAUAGAGGUCGACGGUGGGAGGUCAGGGUUCAGCCUUCCCGAGCACAGACAGACCGUGAGGAGAAAACUCCUGCAACACAGGAGGAGCAAAGUGCAACAGCAAGAGAUCCAAAGAAUGAUAAUUGACAGGGCAAUGCAAGCUUACAUAAAGGCAAAGGAUGCUGGACCAGUGUCAUCCCCUGAACCAGAGCUUCCCUCAACAAUGAUCAGCGAAGAGAGGAAACAAUAUAUGACCUACUUGCGUCUGAAAGAAUGCGUUGAGCGAAGUCCUGUCGCACCCUUUCAACAAAAGUGGCUGGAUGCCAUGUUGGCCCGAGUAUCCCCUCAGCUCCGCCAGGGACCCGGCAGACUAGAGCUACUGGAAGAGAUAUGCAGGGAGGUCAGUGAGAGCUAUCUCAGAGUCAUGAUCAAGCACAGAGUAAAUACUACACUAAAAGAUCCACGAUCACCAGAUCUUGCUGAAGAAAAUAAUGCAUCUGCAGAGAUUCUAGAUUUCUCCUGUCCAUGGCAUGACAGUUAUGUUCAGAGUCGAAAGGAGAUAAAGAAGAAUCUACACAUAUUACAUCCAGUCAUGAAAAGCGUCCUCGAUAUUUGUUACAGCACAUUCUCCAAUCUGCUCCUCAUUGAUCUCUCAAACUGCAGGUCUGGAGGGCCUGUAGACUGUGAGAGCCUGAGCAACAAAGUGGCUGUGGAGUGUGAGAGAGUCGAGAAGACGCUUAUGAAAUCCUGGUUCCCCAAAGUCAUUCAUCUUCUCACCAGCAAAGCCACCCUGCAGAGGGUGAAACCCAGAAGGCUUGACUCCUUUCACAACUGUGCCUCAACACUGAUAUCUAACCAGCUGAAGACACUUAUUGAGAGGAGUGUGGUGGAAUUUGUCAGCCUCUUUGAUCCUCUUAAUAUCAGCAAGCUCCCGCUAUUUAAGAUGGACUUGAUAUUUGAUGAUGAAAAGAUGGAUUUUUACCCCAGUUUUCAUGAUCUAGAGGAGGCUGUGCUGGAAAUUUUAAACCUCAUCAGCAAUACCAUGCAGAAAGUACAGACUGCCCAGUCAUGGCUAGAAGAGGUCAACGAUCCUGUCGUGGAUGCCAAGCUUCCAGAUCAUGUUCAGAUGUGGGCACAGAACACACUUAGAAAAGCUGUGAGGAAAAACUUGGAAGGACCUUCCAAACACUUCCAGAGCUAUGUUAAUUCAUAUGACUGGUUAGUCAAUGGAAACGCACAGGCACAAGUGGAAAUAUUAAUGAAAGAAGAGCAUUCUUUUGAAGAGUACACUAAGCAAGUGGACCGUUUUAGGUCAUUGUCACAGGAGAUAUCUGGUCUUCCCUCUUUGAUGCAUUUUGACAUGGUACGACUAGACUGUAAGGAGCUCAAGCAAGGCCUUACAAAGAAAGCUGACACCCUUUCCGAAGUUCUUGUGGGGAAGCUUGUCAACUCGCUACAUCAAUCCAGUCUUCAGAUCUGUAAAGAGUUUGAGAUCAUUAAAGACAAGGCUGUGAAAGUCCCUGAGACAACGGAGGAUAUGACAGCGAUGAUAGCUUACAUUGACCAUGUAAAAACCAAAGAAAUAAAAGAGCUUAACAACAGGAUAAUAGAAACACAACACAAGCUGAAUUAUUUGUUGGAUGUUCAUAUUUUUGAAGCAGAGCAUCUUGAAUUGAACGCCACAGUACAGCUCUGGCCAGAAAACAUUUACACGAUUUUUGAACAAAGUGACAAGGUGAUGGAAGAAGCCAAGCAGAAAGGUCAGCAGGAACUUCUGGGUCGAAGAGAGAACCUAUUGCUAGAAUUGGAGAAAGUAGGCCGCAGAAUUGACGAAUUUGCAGAGUGCUCUGAACUCGAUAUGAUGCAACAGUAUGUUUCUGAUGUCAGAACAGUACAGAAAAUAAUUCAGCAUAUUGAGGAAUCAAUUGUGUUCAUCAAUAAAGAAGAAGAACUUUACAAAUGGGACAAAACUGCUUACCCAGAGCUGGAGGUUAUGAAGGAAACUAUUGAGCCCUAUCAGAAGCUCUUUAAUGUGGUUUUGAAAUGGCAGCGGACAAAGAAGAGAUGGAUGGAUGGAUCAUUCUUGGAUUUGAAUGGUGACAGUAUUGAGCAGGAGGUUGAGGAAUACCUCAGAGAGAUAUACAAGAUGCUAAAGUUCUUCCAGCAGAAACAGAAGAAGGCUGAGCAGGAGAGAGAAAGAAUAGCAGGAGUGAAGAAGAGGCCCAAAGAACAAGAGGAAGAAAAACAGGAAGAUGCCACUAUUCUUAUUUGCUCCAGUGUUUUGGAUCAAGUUAAAGAGUUUAAGGAGUACAUUCCAAUGGUGUCCAUCCUGUGUAAUCCCGGCAUCAGGCCUCGACACUGGGAGCAAAUGUCAGAAAUUGUGAGCUAUGAUUUGACACCUGACUCAGGCACAACUCUGCGCAAGGUCCUAAAACAAAACCUAACCCCGUACCUGGAGCUAUUUGAGGGCAUCAGUGUAGGAGCCAGCAAAGAAUUUGCUCUGGAGAGGGCAAUGCAGACUAUGGUUGAGGUCUGGGAUUCUGUGUCAUUCCAUCAUCAUCCCUACAGAGACACUGGGGUGUCUAUCCUCUCAUCUGUGGAAGAUAUCCAAACCAUGCUUGACGACCAGAUUGUGAAAACUCAAACAAUGAGAGGUUCUCCAUUCAUCAAGCCUUUUGAGAAAGAAAUUAAGGCCUGGGAGGAGCGUUUGAUCCAUAUCCAAGAUACUAUAGACGAGUGGCUGAAGGUGCAACAUCAGUGGCUGUACCUGGAGCCCAUCUUCAGCUCCGAGGAUAUAAUGAAGCAGAUGCCUGAAGAGGGUCGCCUGUUCCAAACUGUAAACAAGCACUGGAAGGAGGUCAUGAAACACUGUGUGAAACACCCAAAGAUUUUACCUGCAACCUCUCUUCCUGGCUUGUUUGAAAAACUGCAAGAGUCUUUCCUCCUUCUCGAAAACAUAAUGAAAGGCUUGAACGCUUACCUUGAGAAGAAAAGAUUGUUUUUUCCACGAUUCUUCUUUCUGUCAAAUGAUGAAAUGCUGGAGAUCCUCUCUGAAACCAAAGAUCCAUUGCGAGUACAGCCCCACCUUAAGAAAUGUUUUGAGGGGAUCGCCAAAUUAGACUUCCUACCUAACCUGGACAUCCAAGCUAUGUACAGCAGUGAAGGGGAGCGCGUAGAGCUUAUCCAGCGCAUCUCCACAUCUGAAGCGCGAGGAGCUGUGGAAAAGUGGUUGGUGCAGGUGGAAGACAUCAUGUUGAAAAGUGUGAGAGAUGUGAUCAAUCGCUCCAGGCUGGCUUAUCCAGAGACUGAGAGGAGUCAGUGGGUACGUGAGUGGCCUGGCCAGGUGGUUCUUUGUACUUCUCAGAUGUACUGGACACUGGAGGUCCAUGAGGCCAUCAGAGGUGGAGCUAAUGGUCUAAAGAACUACUAUGAUCAGCUGCAGAAUCAACUGAAUGAUAUUGUGGAGCUGGUGAGAGGAAAGCUGUCCAAACAGACACGCACCACACUGGGAGCUCUAGUGACUAUAGAUGUGCAUGCCAGAGAUGUUGUCAUGGAAAUGAUUGAGAAAGGAGUUUCUAGUGAGACAGAUUUCCAGUGGCUUGCCCAACUACGUUACUACUGGGCCAACGACAAUGUCCGUGUGCGCAUUAUAAACUGCGAUGUGAAGUAUGCUUAUGAAUACCUGGGAAACUCUCCUCGCCUGGUCAUUACACCCCUUACAGACAGAUGUUACCGAACUUUGAUCGGAGCAUUUUACUUGAAUUUGGGAGGAGCUCCUGAGGGUCCUGCAGGCACAGGUAAAACCGAAACCACUAAAGACCUGGCCAAAGCUCUCGCUGUGCAGUGUGUGGUGUUUAACUGCUCUGAUGGGCUGGACUUUCUGGCCAUGGGGAAGUUCUUCAAGGGACUGGCAUCUUCUGGGGCCUGGGCAUGCUUUGAUGAAUUUAACCGGAUCGAGUUGGAAGUGCUGUCGGUGGUGGCUCAGCAGAUCUUGUGUAUUCAGAGAGCCAUUGAGUUGAGGCUUGAGUAUUUUGACUUUGAAGGGACAGAAUUGCGCCUCAACCCCAACUGCUUUGUGGCCAUCACCAUGAACCCUGGAUACGCCGGCCGGUCUGAACUGCCUGAUAACCUCAAGGUCUUAUUUAGAACCGUGGCAAUGAUGGUGCCCAACUAUGCACUGAUAGCUGAGAUCUCCUUGUACUCUUAUGGCUUCCUCAAUGCCAAACCUCUCUCAGUGAAAAUUGUGAUGACCUACAGGCUGUGCUCCGAGCAGCUGUCUUCUCAGUUUCAUUAUGACUAUGGCAUGAGAGCGGUUAAAGCAGUGCUGGUGGCUGCUGGGAACCUCAAACUUAAAUUUCCAGAUGAAAACGAGGAUAUACUUCUCCUCCGGUCUAUUAAGGAUGUUAAUGAGCCCAAGUUUCUCUCUCAUGACAUCCCUCUUUUCAAUGGAAUCACCAGUGAUCUAUUCCCAGGAAUUUCUCUGCCUGUGGCGGAUUAUAAGCUGUUCCUGGAAUGUGCUCAGGAGUGCUGCAGAAAUCACAAUGUUCAGCCUGUCAAGGUUUUCAUGGACAAAAUAAUUCAGACAUAUGAGAUGAUGAUAGUCCGUCACGGGUUCAUGCUUGUCGGAGAACCAUUUGCUGGAAAAACCAAAGUUCUUCAUGUUCUCGCAGACACUUUAAGUCUGAUGCAUGAAAGGGGCUAUAAUGAAGAAGCAAAAGUUGUGUAUCAAACCGUCAACCCUAAAUCUAUUACAAUGGGUCAGCUGUUCGGGCAGUUUGACCCUGUAUCACACGAGUGGACUGAUGGGAUUGUGGCAAACACCUUUCGAGAAUUCGCCUCAAGUGAGACCCCAGACAGGAAGUGGGUGGUGUUUGAUGGACCCAUAGACACACUGUGGAUUGAGAGCAUGAACACUGUGCUGGAUGACAACAAAAAGUUGUGCCUCAUGAGUGGAGAGAUUAUCCAAAUGUCCAAUCAAAUGAGUCUGAUUUUUGAGGCCAUGGAUCUGUCACAAGCCUCUCCAGCCACAGUGAGUCGCUGUGGAAUGAUCUACAUGGAGCCGUCUCAGUUGGGAUGGAGUCCUCUGGUUCAGUCAUGGAUGAAAACGCUUCCUGAUCCCCUUCAGACACCAGAUAAUUCCUUGCUACUGCAACAGCUCUUUGAGUGGCUGCUUCCUCCAGCACUUAACCUGUUACGAAAACACUGUCGGGAGGUUAUUCCCACCAGCAACAGUAACACAGUUGUGUCUCUCACACGGCUGUUUGAAAUACUUCUGGCUGAGCCUUUAAAUGAAGAUCCAGGGAAUAAAAACAUACGCAUGUGGAUCAUGGCUGCUUUUGCCUUUGCUUUGGUGUGGUCCGUUGGUGGUUGCUGUGAUACGGACAGCCAAAGUCGAUUUGAUCACUUUCUGAGGGAAAUUGUCUCAGGGAAAGCAGAAAAACAUCCAGUACCGCCUGCUGUGUCGAGAUGGGAAUGUCUGUUUGAUGAGAAAGGUCUCGUGUAUGAUUACAGUUACGAGUUUAAAGGAAAAGGACGUUGGGUCCACUGGAAUGAGUCGAUCAGAAAUGUAACAAUAGGGGAUAAGAAUACCAAAGUUCAAGAUAUCAUUGUGCCCACAAUUGACACUGUGCGCUACACUUAUCUAAUGGAUCUCUGCAUUCAGCAUGGGAUGCCUCUUCUGCUUGUUGGCCCCACUGGCACUGGCAAAUCUGUUUAUGUUAAAGAAAAACUAAUGAACAAUCUGGACAAAGAUCUUUACCUUCCUUUUUUCGUCAACUUCUCAGCUCGCACCAGUGCCAAUCAGACCCAGAACAUUAUCAUGUCCAGACUAGACAAGAGGAGGAAGGGAGUAUAUGGACCUCCCAUGGGAAAGAAAUGCAUCAUUUUUGUGGAUGACAUGAAUAUGCCGGCAAAGGAGGUGUUUGGUGCUCAACCUCCAAUCGAGUUACUUCGUCAAUAUUUUGAUCAUGGAAACUGGUAUGACCUCAAGGACACCUCAAAAAUCACAUUGAUGGACAUGCAACUGAUCUCUGCGAUGGGUCCCCCUGGUGGUGGGAGGAAUGCAGUUACUCCGCGGUUCCUUCGACAUUUCAACAUCUGCAGCAUCAAUUCAUUUAGUGAUGAGACCAUGGUUCGGAUUUUCUCUAAUGUUGUGUCCUUUUACCUCCGAACCAAUGAUUUCCCACCUGAUUGCUUUACGCUAGGGAAUCAGAUAGUCACUGCAACACUUGACGUUUAUAAAAAGGCCAUAGAAAAUCUUCUUCCUACCCCAGCCAAGUCUCAUUACACUUUCAACCUGAGAGAUUUCUCACGAGUGGUGCAGGGCUGCCUGCUGCUGAAGAAAGAAUCGCUUGGGAACAAGCGAACAAUGAUUCGUCUUUUUGUACACGAACUAUAUCGCGUCUUUUACGAUCGCCUUGUGGACGACAAGGACCAGGCGUGGCUCUUCGCUCUUAUAAGAGAUCUUGUGAAACAGCACUUCAAGGAGAACUUUGACAUAGUCUUUGAACAUCUAAGGGAUGGUAACAAACCUGUUUGUGAGGAAAACAUGAGGAACCUUUUAUUUGGAGAUUAUAUGACCCCUGAUGUGGAUGAAAGUGAGCGACUGUAUGCUGAGGUUCCCUCCAUGGAGCGCUUUAGUGAGGUUGUGGAAGCCUGUCUAGGAGAGUACAACCAAACCCACAAGAACCGCAUGAACUUAGUCAUAUUCCGUUAUGUGUUGGAGCAUCUAUCCAGGAUCAGCCGUGUGUUAAAACAGCCCGGGGGAAAUGCUCUGUUGGUUGGGGUUGGCGGCAGUGGUCGUCAAUCCAUCACCAGACUUGCAACUUUUAUGGCUAAUAUGACUGUGUUUCAACCUGAGAUCUCCAAAAGCUAUGGCAUGAAUGAAUGGAGAGAUGAUCUGAAGAGGCUGAUGAAGAACGCUGGAGUUCAAGGCCAGAAAAUGGUAUUGCUGCUCACCGAUGCUCAGAUAAAGGACGAAGCUUUCUUAGAAGAUGUGGACAGCAUCUUAAACACAGGAGAGGUACCAAACAUCUUCGCUGUGGAUGAGAAGCAAGAAAUUAUGGAGGCUGUACGGCCCAUUGCUCAGGCGGGGGAUAAAAAUUUGGAGUUCAGCCCUUUGGCCCUGUUUGCUUAUUUUGUGAAUCGCUGCAGAGAGAACCUCCAUGUAGUGGUGGCCUUCAGUCCAAUAGGAGAUGCCUUCAGAAACCGCCUUAGACAGUUUCCCUCCCUCAUUAACUGCUGCACCAUAGACUGGUUUCAGCCAUGGCCUGAGGAAGCUUUGGAGCGAGUGGCUAAUAAGUUCUUGGAGACAUUGGAACUUAGUGAUCUUGAGCGGCAGGAAGUUGUGCCCAUCUGCAAGACCUUCCAUACUUCUGCUAUUAAUCUAUCUCACAAGUUUUUGUCAGAGUUGGGUCGCCAUAACUAUGUGACUCCUACCUCUUACUUGGAGCUUAUAGCUGCCUUCAGACUUCUUCUCAGUCAAAAACGAAACGCAGUCAUGAAUGCUAAAAAUAGAUAUACAAAUGGACUUGACAAACUGGCAUUUGCAGAAUCUCAGGUUGGUGAAAUGAAGAAGGAGCUUGUGGAUCUACAGCCUAAACUGGAGCAGGCUAAGAUUGACAACACCAAAAUAAUGAAAGUAAUAGAAGUUGAGUCAGUGGAGGUUGAGGCAAAAAGCAAGCUUGUCCGUGUGGAUGAGGAAGCAGCUACUCUUAAAGCGAAUGAAGCCCAGGCUUUGAAGAACGAAUGUGAAAGUGAUUUGGCGGAGGCCAUUCCUGCCCUUGAGGCUGCGCUGUCUGCCCUGAACACACUUAAGCCUGCUGAUGUGGCGAUUGUAAAAACAAUGAAGAACCCUCCAUCAGGAGUGAAGCUGGUUAUGGCAGCAGUGUGUGUGAUGAAGGACAUCAGACCAGAGAGAAUCAAUGAUCCUGCAGGAACCGGACAGAAGAUUCUUGACUACUGGGGUCCAAGCAAGAAGCUGCUGGGGGAAAUGAAUUUCCUCAAAGAGCUAAAGGAAUAUGACAAAGACAACAUUCCUCCUCAAGUGAUGUCAAAAAUCCGUAGUGAGUACAUGACCAACCCCGACUUUGACCCCAAUAAAGUGGCCAAGGCCUCUUCUGCAGCCGAGGGGCUUUGCAAAUGGAUUACAGCUAUGGAAGUUUAUGACAGAGUUGCCAAGGUGGUGGCCCCUAAGAAGGCUAACCUUAUUGUUGCCCAGGAGUCACUGGCCACCACCAUGGCCCUGUUGAACCAGAAGAGGGCGGAGCUAAAGGAGGUUGAGGAUCGCCUGGCAUCACUGCAGAAGACUUUUGAGGAGAAGACUGAAGAAAAAGCUCAGCUGGAGUACCAAGUGGACCUCUGUGCUCGCAAGCUGGAGAGAGCCGAGAAGCUUAUUGGAGGUUUAGGAGGAGAGAAAUCAAGGUGGUUGCAGGCAGCCAAUGAGCUUCAGUGCACCUAUGAUAACCUGACAGGUGAUGUGCUAAUAUCUGCUGGAGUUAUUGCCUACCUUGGAACUUUUACUGCCAGUUUCCGCCAGGAAUGUACCAAAAUGUGGGCCAUGCUCUGCAAGUCCAAGAAGAUCCCAUCCUCUGAUGACUUCUCUCUGAGUAAGACACUUGGUGAUCCGAUCAAGAUCAGGACCUGGAAUAUCGCCGGCCUGCCCACAGACAGCUUCUCUAUUGAUAAUGGUGUUAUAGUGAGCAACUCCAGAAGAUGGCCUCUGAUGAUUGAUCCACAGGGUCAGGCCAACAAAUGGGUGAAAAACUCUGAACGGGAGAAUAAUCUGAGUGUGAUUAAGCUCACUGAUACAGAUUACAUGAGAACGCUUGAAAACUGCAUCCAGUUUGGUACUCCACUAUUGCUGGAGAAUGUAGGAGAAGAGCUUGAUCCAUCCUUAGAGCCACUUCUGCUCAAACAAGUUUUCAAACAAGGUGGUGUGGACUGUAUCAGAUUGGGCGAAAGCGUGAUCGAGUACUCGUCUGACUUCCGCUUUUACAUCACCACUAAACUAAGGAAUCCUCAUUAUUUGCCUGAGUUGGCCACCAAAGUUUGUCUGCUUAACUUCAUGAUCACUCCAGAGGGUCUUGAAGACCAGCUGCUUGGCAUUGUGGUCGCAAAAGAAAGACCUGAAUUAGAAGAGAAGAGGAACGCCCUGAUCCUUCAGUCUGCAGCCAAUAAGAAACAGCUUAAGGAAAUUGAAGACCAAAUCCUGGAGACUCUGCAGUCCUCAGAGGGCAACAUCCUAGAGGAUGAGAGUGCUAUCCAGAUCCUUGAUGCAGCCAAAAUCAUGUCUAAUGAGAUCACUAAGAAACAGCAGAUUGCAGAGAAGACUGAGAUUAAAAUAGCUGAAUCGAGGGAAGGUUACAGAGACAUUGCAAAGCACUCCUCCAUCCUCUUCUUCAGUAUUGCAGAUCUGGCCAACAUUGACCCUAUGUAUCAAUACUCCCUUAACUGGUUUGUCAACCUCUAUGUCAACUCUAUACAAGACAGUAACAAAUCUAAGAUUCUAGAGAAGAGGCUCAGAUACCUGAUUGGUCACUUCACCUACAAUCUCUACUGCAAUGUGUGCCGUUCACUCUUCGAGAAGGACAAACUCCUCUUUUCUUUUCUUCUUUGCUGUAACCUGCUGCUAGCUAGGAAGGAGAUAGAGUACUCCGACUUGAUGUUUCUGCUCACGGGAGGUGUGGGACUACAAAACAACGUCCCUAAUCCUGACCCAAGCUGGCUUCCAGACAAAAGCUGGGAUGAGAUCUGCCGGGCCAAUGAUCUCCCUGGACUACAGGGCCUUAAGGAGAGUUUCAUUAAGAGUCCUGAGAGUUUCCUGCCUAUUUAUAAUAGCAAGGAGCCAUACAACACUGCUCUGCCAAAGCCCUGGUGUAAUAAACUGAAUGACCUUCAGAGAAUGAUCAUUUACAGAUGCCUUAGACCUGAUAAAAUUGAGCCUGCAAUCAGCAAAUUUGUAACCGAUCAACUGGGAAAGAAAUUUGUGGAACCUCCUCCAUUUGAUCUGAGUAAGAGCUAUGUUGACUCUAACUCAACUAUUCCACUGGUUUUUAUACUGUCUCCUGGAGCAGACCCUAUGGCUAGUUUGCUGAAAUUUGCCAAUGAUAGGAACAUGGGAGGCUCCCAGUUUAAAUCAAUCUCUCUGGGACAGGGUCAGGGUCCCAUAGCCGUAAAGAUGAUCCGCUCAGCAAUGAAGGAGGGCACCUGGGUGUGCUUGCAGAACUGUCACUUGGCCGUGUCCUGGAUGUCCACUCUGGAGAAGAUCUGUGAAGACCUCAGCCCAGAAUCAUGCCAUCCAGAAUUUCGUCUUUGGCUCACCAGCUACCCUUCACCCAUGUUUCCAGUGACCAUCCUGCAGAAUGGAGUGAAGAUGACCAAUGAGCCUCCUACUGGCUUGAGGUUAAACCUGUUGCAAUCCUAUCUGUCUGACCCAGUCUCUGAUGCUGAGUUCUUCAGUGCGUGUCCCAACAAAGAGCUUGUCUGGGAGAAGCUGCUGUAUGGGGUUUGCUUUUUCCAUGCUCUUGUCCAGGAAAGGAAAAAGUUUGGCCCACUGGGAUGGAACAUUCCUUAUGGAUUUAACGAGUCAGAUUUGCGCAUUAGCAUCAGACAACUGCAGCUCUUUGUGAACGAAUAUGAGGAGGUUCCUUUUGAGGCCAUCACGUAUCUGACUGGAGAGUGUAACUAUGGAGGGCGUGUAACAGAUGACUGGGAUCGUCGCCUGCUCAUGACAAUCCUUGCUGACUUUUACAAUAAAGAUAUAAUCGACAACCCACGCUACUCCUUUUCCCCCAGCGGCAAUUAUUACGCUCCUCCAAAAUCAAUCUAUGAGGACUAUGUGGAAUUUAUCAAGAACCUGCCGUCUAACCAGCAUCCCGAAGUGUUUGGUAUGCAUGAGAAUGUGGACAUCUCCAAAGAUCUUCAACAGACUAAAAUACUGUUCGAUUCGCUGAUCCUGACUCAGGGCGGUGGAUCAAAAGGAGGAGGCAGCUCUGGAGGAGAUAGUACUUUACUGGAUAUAGCUAAUGACAUACUUUCUAAACUUCCAGGUAACUUUGACAUCGAGUCUGCUCUCAUUAAGUUCCCUGUACGUUAUGAAGAGAGCAUGAACACGGUACUUGUGCAGGAGAUGCAGCGGUACAACAAUUUGAGCAGCACUAUACGUGUGAGUCUGCAGAAUCUAAUAAAGGCCAUUAAGGGUCUGGUAGUGAUGGAUACAGAGCUGGAGGCUGUGGCUGGCAGUCUGCUGGUGGGAAAAGUACCGGAGAAAUGGGCCAAAUGCUCCUAUCCCAGUCUCAAGCCACUGGGCAGCUAUGUCACUGACUUCCUAGCCAGACUUAAAUUUCUGCAGGACUGGUACGACACACAGAAGCCAGAUGUGUUCUGGUUGUCUGGAUUUUUCUUUACUCAGGCUUUCAUAACAGGUGCCUUGCAGAACUAUGCCAGGAAAUACAGAAUCCCCAUUGACCUGCUUGGCUUUAAUUAUGAGGUUUUGCCGUUUGACACUGCAGACUCACCUCCUGAAAAUGGAGUUUACAUUCAUGGCCUCUUCCUGGACGGAGCUCGUUGGGACAAAAAAAGUGGAGUUUUGGCUGAACAGUAUCCCAAAAUUCUAUUUGAUGCAGUUCCCAUCAUCUGGAUCAAACCAAUUGACAAGAGGGAGGUGGAACAGCCCCACAACAUCUAUGUGUGUCCUCUCUACAAGACCAGUGAACGAAAGGGGACACUGUCCACCACUGGCCAUUCAACAAAUUUUGUCAUCAGCAUGACACUCCCUACCAGCAAGCCGCCUCAGCACUGGAUCAAAAGGGGCGUGGCUUUACUCUGUCAACUGGAUGAUUGACAAAGCACUUCAUUUACUACAUUAUUCUCACAUGUGGCUUUAUAACAUUCAAUCUUUAAACCACUAUCAUAAAUAAAUAAUAUCUCUGCAAUUUUAAAA